AUGGCCGACCUCGAAAGAACCGUGCUGGACUUCUACCAGCUGUCGGACCCGUAUCCUGUCGAGUGGCCGGCCGAGAAGGACAACAGCGACGUAUCGGAAGAUGAGGAGGCCAAGAAGAAGAUCAACCGGCGCAAGUCGAGAUAUCAGGCGCUGGAAAGGGCCGUCAGCAACAGAGUUAGCAUGCUUCCCGGGCAAGAGAAGUCUGCGAAUGGUGUGGGAAACAUCGUUCAGAAGGACGAGCCGGACCCGUUGGGCACCACCGACAGCGUCGUCAGGACCUUGAAGCAGCUCGGCGUCCCCGUGCAGGAAGACCCGCGACUACGAAAUCGAUUCCUCAUGUCCUCAACCACGUUCUCCCCUGCGCUGUUCCUCUCCCAAAUGCAUUCGACGGCGGACACGCAGUCCCUGCUGAAUGGCCUGGACAUUCUGUCCCAAUCUAUCGACCAGAAGAGCGCUUCCCUCAAGGUCCUCGUCGAAUCCAACUUUGAGCGCUUCGUGCGCGCAAAAGCUACCAUCGACAAUGUCUACAAGGAGAUGAAGUAUCGCGGAGUAGACCCCACGCCCCCGACCGGCCGACCCCGCGCCCACUCGAGACAUGCUAGUAGGAAUAGCUUCCGGAGCAGCAGCGGAUUGGGCCUGACGAGCCCCAUGGUGCCGGACCCGAGGAAGAAGAACGCGCUUGUGAAAGAGAGCGAGUACGGAGUGUCGGGCAUCAAGGGACCGCUGCUGGACGUGUCGGCAAAGGCAGAGGACGUAUGGGGACCGGCUUUGGGCGGGCGAGACAAGGAGGAGAGGCUCAAGGACGUGGCUGCGAACCUGGAGAAGCAUCGGGAAUACGUCGAAGUCAGUGCGGCUAUCGCCGAGAGCAUCAAGCGGAAGGACCACGAGGCGUUGGUCGAAGAGUACAACAGGGCCAGGUCGUUCGCAGACGAAGCUCGGCUGCUUUCUCAGGGCGGAAGCAAGGAGGAGAAGUUGCCGGACCACCAAUUAUACCAGAUCCUUCUGGCCGCCCGGAUGUGGCACGAUGUGCACGAGCAGAUCGAGGCUUUCAAGCGGGACAUGUGGAAGAAGCUGGUCAAUCUCCACACUGCACCAAAAUCAGAAACCGCUGGACGCCAGGACCAGCACAUGGAAAUCAUAAGUCUGUUACUCGAGCUGGGCGUGGAAGAGAAUCCCAUAUGGAUCUGGCUUCUCAGUCGUUACGAGUACCUCAAGAGCAAGGCUACGUCGACCGCAGAUAGGACCAAGGUCGAAAUCGAGGUGGCAAGGCGGCGUAUUGCGAGCGCUGAGAAGCCGGGGUCUCAAGCAAUCGCAACGCAUUUGAAGACUAUCGCACGGCAGUCGAUGGAGAGCAAGUCCCAUUCCUUCGAUUCAGCCGAUAUCAUGGAGCUGUGGGAGAAGAUCUACUCGUUCCUCAACACCAUGAUGUCUUCUCAGGGUAUCAUCGGAGAAGUAGUCGACUUCUGGCAGACUGUCCAAGGCUUUCUGGAAGGAAGAACCCAGACAUCCAUGCCGACUGGCUACAACGGCGAAUCGCAGAAGCACCACGAGCUGACCCCAGGAUGGGCAGCGGACCUACAAAAAGGCACCCUGGAACUUGUCGACAUGAUCCGUGAGCACGUCUACCUGUUCUUUAUUGGCCCGCCACCCGAGGAUCUUUCGAUGCUCCUCUCCCCUAUGCCCUCGGAGCCCAGCACGCCUUUAUCCGCUGCUCUGGGCGGCGUAGCUCUCACGCCCAACACACUCAGAGACCCUCGGAUGCACCUGGACCCAGGCAGCAUCCCACCUCCAUCUCCAAGGCGUGGAGAGCAAUGGGAGAAGUAUGCUUUCUGGCCGCCAUGGUCGAACUCGGUCAGUGCCGUGCACUAUCUAGCCAAGAUACUCGCCGUGAUAGGCUCAGGGUCAUGCGACAUGGCCAGCCUGGCGCCUGUUGCCCGGGGCGAUGGUGCGGUUCUCGAAAAGCUGAGAACCCUUGUCGCAUCCGUGAGAGAGCGGUGCGUGUCGGCUCUGUGCGCCGCGUGGAACAAGGACGCGGAGAACAUCAAAUACGUGGAAGACUGGAGCAGGUCUGCUGAGAGGAAAGAUGUGACCAAGAUGCCUGCCAGUUUCAAGGCAUUCGAGAGCGCCCUCCUCACGGGUAUGCAGCAGAUACUGUACAUUUCAGAAGCCAUGUCGAAACCUGGCGCAGGCGAUAUCGUACAGCCGCCUCCUACGAAAUUGCUACAGACAGUGCGCAGUCAGUACGUCACGACGCUCUACAAGGCUUUGAGUGGUAUGGUGGAGAAUGCAGAGCGUUCGCUUCGAAAGACGGAUGAUGAGUGGACGACUGAGGAGGGUUUCGUUGUUGUGAACGGAGGCGGGUCAAGGGUAUCUAGCAUGAGCGGUGCAACGAUCAACGCUAGCGACAGGAACGUCCGCAUGCUGCUGACCCUGAGCAACUUCCAAUCACUUCGGGCAGAAGUCGUCCCAGGUCUAAACACACAGUUCGAGAAUGCCUUCUCGGUCAAGCUCACCGACGAGACUUCGAAAAUCAAGGACGUCCUCGCCCAGAUCGACGCCCGCCUCUUCCAGUCGUAUACGCGACCGUACAUAGAAUCCCUCCGGUCCGUGAUCCGCACGGGCGUGACGGCGCCGGACUGGGCGCCCGCCUCCCCGAACGACAAGCCGCGCGAGGUCAAGCCGUACGUGUACGAGGCGCUGCUGAGCCUGGUGCUGGUGCACACGCAGGUCUCCACGACGGCGGCGACGCUGACGAGCCAGGUGCUGUCGUACCUGCUGGAGCUGUCGUCGCGGGAGCUGCUGGACGCGUUCCGGACCCGGCCCCGCUACGACCUGGCCGCGCUGAUGCAGGCGACGCUGGACGUCGAGUUCGUGGCGCAGACGCUGUCGCAGUACAUGACCGAGAAGGCGACCGAGCUGCAGACCACCAUCUACCAGGAGCUGGACUCGCGCACCGACAACGACGCCCGCGCCCGCCUGCAGGCCGAGCUGCCCGAGAUGCGCAGCGUGCUCAAGAGGCUGCGCGAGGCGAGCAAGAACGAGUUCGCGUGCUUCCGGAAGCCGAGGCGGAGGGACGGCGCCCCUGGUGCCGGCGGGAGGGGCGACACGAGCAGUGUCUCUACCACGAUGUCCAUGGCUGGGUCGAUCUAG